UCGAAAUCUAAAGCGAAAAACAGAGAGCGACAAAGAGCCCUACUCAGCCUCCAAUUCAUUCCCCUCAGCUGCAUUUAAUCACUCACUCUGCCACCCACUUCUCUCCUGCAAUUAGUUAAUUAAUAUCUGCACAGGAAACAAAUCAUGCUCUGUUUCAGAGCAGCAUGAAUCACACUCUGUUCACACAAUUGAACUCGUCAUUGGAUCGAGUUCUUGAGCUACCCUCUGUUUCUAGAACGGGGAAAGAUGGGUUCUUUGUUGUUCCGGGAGACGAUUACUGAAACGGGUCGCUUUUGAUUUUGCGGUAAUCAAUCGGGUUGGACGUCGAUUGAGCUCUCGUUUGGUUCUUUUUCUUCUUCAAUGGCGGAUAGUAAAGGGAGCUGCUGGUAUGGCUGGAUGAAGAAGAUUUUCACUUGCCACCUGGCAGAAAAGAAAUUGAAGAGAGGGAAAUGGAAAUGGGUUCCACGGCGGCUGCGGCUGCUGCGGCAGCACCCUGUUAUUCCUUCUCCAACCACACAGCUCACGGAGGCCAGAGAGCGGCAGAAGAAUUACGCUCUCACCGUCGCCAUGGUCACCGCCGCGGCGGCAGAGGCGGCUGUCGCGGCCGCCAAAGCCGCCGCCGAGCUCGUACGCCUCACGGCCACCAACAAUCCUCACCGGAUUUUAUUUAAACGAGACCGGAACCGGGCUGCAAUUCUGAUCCAGAGUGUCUUCCGUGCCUACCUUGCUAGGAAAGCGUUGAGAGCAUUGAAGGGAGUUGUGAAGCUACAAGCCAUUGUUCGCGGCGAGUUGGUUCGACGACGACAAUCUGUCAUCAUCAACAAGCUCAAGCAUUUGGCUCUGCUAGACGAUGUUGAUGAUGCUAACUGUAUAGCAGCUUCCAUGGAUGAACAAGAAGAGAAGGACUUCAAGCAGGGGAGGGGAGAGCACAAGCAUCCUGAAUCCCUCCAACCGCUUAGAUGCAGCAGCCAGAGAAGCUGGGAUUUCAGCAGUCUGUCCAAGGAAGAGCUAGAAGCUGUAUGGUUAAGGAAGCAAGAGGGUAGCAUGAAACGAGACAGGAUGAUGAGAUACUCCUUCUCCCACCGGGAAAGGAGGAACUCCAAGUUACUGGAGGAAUUAUUGAUGGAGGAGAAUGAGGGGAGCAAUGGCAAGCAUUGGAUAGAGAAUCUGAGACUAGUCCCCUUAUCCAAUUCAUUCAAUGGCGAGACCGAAUUCUGCUCUCAGCUUGCUAAAACCAGCAAAGACAACAGCACCAAUUCGCCCUCGGUCGCAAGACGGUCAUUCGGUGGUCACCACGUCAGACGGGGGAGCAGCUCAGCAGCACGAGACGCGGGCAACAACGACAAUGGUGGCGAGAUCACAAGCUCGUCGAUCGUGCUGCCAACGUACAUGGCAGCAACGAAGUCCGCGAGGGCCAGGACGAGGUCGAUGAGCACGCCGAGGCAGAGAGUGGUAUUGGGCAGGGAGGAUGAUAACAGCAAAGGUGGGAUGAUGAAGGUGCUUUGGUCUUCUGACAAUGGCGAUCUGUUUGAGAAAACUGGCAAGGAAAUGGUGAGCAGGAAAUGUCAUCACCGUGGAUUCAGCCUUGCUUCUCGAGGUUAGAAUUUGGUGAUGGUUAAUUGGUGACAAGAAAUCUGAAGUUGUAUAGAUAUGAAAGUGUUCUUCUUUUGGUUUGGCUGUUACAUCAUCAUCAUGCCUUAUAUUUGGUUUAUUCAUAUUUUUGAACAUCGCUUCGUGUGAGAGGAGUUUUGUUCUUUGCUAUUUGUGGCUGAGAUUUGAGUGUAAAGAGUUCGGCUUGGUGUUUUGGAUGGAGUGAAAUUUGAUGCAUGAAUUGAAAACAGCCGCAAAAGGCCCAU